AUGUCUGAUCCCCUGAAGGACCGCCACCAACCAUUUGCGCUACCAAGCGAGACACAACCUCACGCCAGCGAAACACAAGGCACCGGUAUCAACGACUCCAUCCCCCCACCGAGUAAGCCGAUUCGGCUCGCUCUCGCGUGCAACCAAUGUCGCAAACGCAAGGUUCGGUGCGAUGCACAGCUUCCCAAGUGUCGGAAUUGCAGUGUGCGGGGCGAUGUCUGCGAAACCUCGGACUUGAGAAAGCCGGGUGGUAGUCACCCUGCUGUGCGUCGGCGGGCUGCGAGUGCUCGUAGCAAAAGAGUUCGGGGAAAGUCUGACAGGGGUUUGUCGGCUGCUGCGGCGGAGAGGCAUGCUCGGCAAAUUGUGGAUUCGAAUUCAGAUCCUAAUCCGGGCGGGGGGUUUGUGCCGGUGAACUCGAUCAAUUCGGUUCUGAAUCAUGCAGCGCCGGUGCAUGUUCAGGAGGUGAUGUCGGGGUCAGGGUCAGCCACUGUGCCGGAGCCGGUGGUGAUUGGAGCUGAGUUGGGGGUUUCACCAAGUAUCAUAUCGGUUGAUCAUCAUGUUUCGCCGAGUGUCGGGGCUCGGUCGAGGAAGUCUGCUGUGAAUGGGUCGAAUGGUUCGACCGUGAGUCCUGCGAACUCGUCGUGGCGGACUACUCAGAGUGAACGGCUGGGAGAAGAUCACUACUCGUGGCAGAGCCGAGCAUAUGAGGAGACGCAUGGUCAGGACGGCGCGGAUGGCUCUCGAGCUGGAAGAGAGGCGCAGCGUCCAGACUCUGAAGUGGUGCAGGCUACCGAAGAAAUUGAUCAUGCUGACGAAGUGAGCAGACCACGAACAAAGCAUCUCGGCGCUAGUAGCGUUCAAUGUCUCUUAAAUUUCGUGGAUCUUCAUCUCACACAGCUUGGGUUUCGUCAUGAACCACCUCUUCCCAAGCAUGGAAUGUUACAUACGGAGGAGUUCCCAAUGCCGGUCUUUCCCAAGAUGCCUCUUCUUCCGGAUCGAGGGAUAUUUUCAACCUAUCUCGAUGUAUUUUUCGCCAACAUCUGGCCAAUACAUCCGAUCAUCGACCGUGCAGAGUUCGAAACCGACGUGAACACCAUCUAUCAGAUGCAAGUAUCGGGCCACACAUGGCCUGAGGGUAUAUCGCUAUCAGAGAUUCCCACCCUCGUCUCCAUGUACGGAAUCGUGUCUCUCGGGAUCAGCGAAACGUCAGACAGUCCAACCUCCAGCUUCGAAUACCUAACGGCAAGCCACAGUCUUCAUGGCCAUCUGACCGCCACGCCAUACACAUCCAGCGUCCAAGCGCUCUUUCUCCUUACCCUUGCACUUCGUUCUGUCGCCAAGGAUGGACAAGCCUGGAACAUACUCGGCCAAGCCAUCCGUAUAGCGCAAUCGAUUGGUCUCCACAAAUCAGCAACGAGACAUGAAUCGGGCGAAUACUACAUUCUUGGCCCUGGUGCGGAGGGUCUACGGGAACGACUCUGGUGGGCGCUAUUUGGCCUGGAGAAGCUCAUGCAACUUGAAUGCGGAAGGCCGUCUAUCAUCGAUCGAAGCUACGACUCGCUAAGAGUCACAUUUGGCGAUGAAAAAGAGUCCGAGUCCGAGUCCGAGUCCGAGUCGCACCUGGACUCGGCUCGAUCCACGAGGUAUUUCCGUGCCUGGAUCGGCCUUGCUACACUCAUGGGGAAUAUCUCGCACCGUCUCUAUGCGCACAAAUUCAUGGGCGGUUCAGCAGAGAUGCUGGGUGCAGUGGCUCAGCUUGAUCUGGAACUAUCGCAGUGGGAGAAUUCCCUCCCAUCAAAUAUGAGACCACAACAGGCGCUCAUCGACGCUGUCGGAUCAAACCACCACAUCCUUACCACAUUUCUAUCUCAGCAAUACUACCAUGCCCAACUAAGCAUCCUCCGCGUCUCCGUCCUCUUCCCCCAACCCAGCAUAACCCGCGAAAUCACCACCCACAUCCACACCACCCCGAUCCUCUCGCGCCUCCACACCGGCGCCACAACCUGCGCCCACGCCGCCCGCUCAAUCAUCACCCAAUCCCUACACCUCGAAGACAACAAACUCGAUCACAACCACCGCCACAAUUACAGAUCCACCCUUCUCUCCGUCUCUCCGACCUAUCUGGCCGCCGUGAUUUUGGCGCUCGUCGUCCUGCGACAGCCGCGCAGUAGGCUUGUACGAUCUGACGUGGAGCUUUUGGCGUCGGCGACGGAGUUUGUGGAGGGCUGGUUUGCGGGGAGGGGGUUUGGGGGGGAGUUUACGAAGACGUCCGUCGGCGCUGAUUCCACCCUGACAACAGCGACAGCAUUCUCCUCCGGCUUCGACUUUGAAGAGCUGUGGAAUCUGACUGAUUUGGAUUUUAUGGUCCAUGGGGAGGAAAACACCGUGUAUAUGCCGUAA